CGCCACCCAAGUCUGCGCGCGAAGUUCGUGGCGCGAAAUUUCCGACUGCGCGGGUUCCGGGCUUGACGCGCGCGGGACGGCGGCGUGCGGGGCCGGCGCGCGGUGAGAAGGAGGCUUAUUCUCUGGCUUUUGCCCCAGCCCAGUGCAUCUUCUCACCAGUCUGCUUUAAGUCUCUGGAGCAGGCAGCGGGCAAGGAGAGCCGCUGGAGAACCCCGCUGCCAUCAUGCAGCGGAGUAUCAUGUCAUUUUUCCAACCCAAGAAAGAGGAUAAAGGGAAGAAGCCAGAGAAAGAGGUCACCCGAGAGGUGGAAUCCCCAUCCAGGACCCUGAAGAAGCGGAAUGGAGUGGCGCUUGAGGGUGACUCGCCUGUGAAGAGGCCUGCUAGGAAGGCGACCCGAGUACUAGGCAGCGAAGGGGAGGAGGAUGACGAUGCCCUCUCACCUCCAGGUGGACAGGCAUCUGCCCCGGGCUCCCCACCACCCUCUCCACCCAGUCCUGAAGCUGAUGUGCCCAGUAGCCCCUCUCUACCUGCGUCAUCUCCUGUGGACAUCUCCCUGUCAGGGAUACCGAAGCGUCGCACAGAAGUUGAGUCCCGAGCCUCAGAGCCUGAAGUGGCCAAGGAACCUCAGAAAGACGCCCAGAUCCUGCUGUCCCCCACAGCUCCCAAGACCCUCAGCAGCUUUUUUGCCCCUCGGAAACCAGCAGCCAAAAAGGACGUGGAAGAGAAGGCAUCGGGGACUUCUGGAAAGGAUGGGGUAAAGAGCCCCCCAGAUCCAGAUAGCUACGACCCUGGCAAGGGUGCCUAUCACCCUGUGGAUGAUGCCUGCUGGAAGCCUGGCCAGAGGGUCCCUUACCAGGCUGUGGCUCGAACCUUCCAGAAGAUUGAGGAGGUUUCUGCUCGGCUCCGCAUGGUGGAGACACUGAGUAACCUGCUCCGCUCCGUGGUGGCCUUGUCGCCUUCCGACCUCCUGCCCAUUCUCUACCUCAGCCUCAACCGCCUGGGGCCGCCGCAGCAGGGCCUGGAGCUGGGCGUGGGGGACAGUGUCCUGCUCAAGGCCGUGGCCCAGGCCACAGGGCGGCAGCUGGAGUCAGUGCGGGCUGAGGUGGCCGAGAAGGGGGACGCAGGGCUGGUGGCUGAGAACAGCCGCAGCACCCAGCGCCUUGUGCUGCCCCCACCACCUCUCAGCGCCGCUGGCGUCUUUGCCAAGUUCCAGGACAUCGCCCGGCUCUCAGGCACGGCGUCCAUCACCAAGAAGAUGGAGGUCAUCAAAGGCCUCUUUGUCGCCUGCCGCCACUCAGAAGCCCGCUACAUCGCCAGAGCCCUGAGCGGGCGGCUGCGCCUCGGGCUGGCAGAACAGUCAGUGCUGGCCGCGCUGGCCCAGGCUGUGAGCCUCACACCCCCAGGACAAGGAACACCCCCUGCCAUGGUGGAUGCUGGAAAGGGCAAGACCACAGAGGCCAGGAAGACAUGGCUGGAGGAGCAAGCCAUGGUCCUCAAGAGAACCUUCUGCGAGGUGCCCGACCUGGACCGCAUCGUCCCAGUGCUCCUGGAGCAUGGCCUGGAGAAGCUCCCAGAGCACUGCAGGCUGAGCCCAGGGACACCCUUGAAACCCAUGCUGGCGCACCCCACGAGGGGCGUCCAUGAGGUCCUGAAGCGCUUUGAGGAGGCAUCUUUUACCUGCGAGUAUAAGUACGAUGGACAGAGGGCACAGAUCCACGUACUGGAAAGUGGGGAGGUAAAGAUCUUCAGUCGAAACCAAGAGGACAACACAGGGAAGUACCCAGACGUCAUCAGCCGCAUCCCCAAGAUCAAGCUCCCUUCAGUCACAUCCUUCAUCCUGGACACUGAGGCCGUGGCUUGGGAUCGGGAAAAGAAGCAGAUCCAGCCGUUCCAGGUGCUCACCACCCGCAAGCGCAAGGAGGUGGCCACGGAGGAGAUUCAGGUGCAGGUGUGUCUGUACGCUUUCGACCUCCUCUACCUCAACGGACAGUCCCUGGUCCGGGAGCCCCUGUCUCGGCGGCGCCAGCUGCUCCGCGACAACUUCGUGGAGACCGAGGGCGAGUUCGUCUUUGCCACGUCGCUCGACUCCAAGGACACGGAGCAGAUCGCUGAGUUCCUGGAGCAGUCGGUGAGAGACUCCUGCGAGGGGCUGAUGGUGAAAACCCUGGACGUCGACGCCACAUAUGAGAUCGCCAAGCGCUCGCACAACUGGCUCAAGCUGAAGAAGGACUAUCUGGAGGGCCUGGGCGACACCCUGGACCUCGUGGUGAUCGGCGCCUACCUGGGCCGGGGCAAGCGUGCUGGUCGCUACGGCGGCUUCCUGUUGGCGGCCUUCGAUGAGGAGAGCGAAGAGUUCCAGGCCAUCUGUAAGCUUGGAACUGGCUUCAGCGAUGAGGAGCUGGAGGCGCAUUACCAGCGAUUACAGACGCUGCUGCUGCCUACACCCCGUUCCUACGUGCGGGCGGAUGGCGCCGUGGCCCCUGACCACUGGCUGGAGCCAAGCACCGUGUGGGAGGUGAAAUGUGCCGACCUCUCCCUGUCACCCGUCUACCCGGCGGCUCGUGGCCUGGUGGACAGUGAGAAGGGGGUAUCCCUCCGCUUCCCCCGCUUCAUCCGCGAGCGGGAUGACAAGAAGCCGGAGCAGGCGACCACCAGUGCCCAGGUGGCCUGUCUCUACAAGAAGCAGAGUCAGAUCCAGAACCAGCAGAACCAGCAAGGCACCGAGUCUGACUCAGACAGGGAAGAUUUCUACUAGGACCCAGCACCCGUGUUAGCUUGACGGGUGUGUGAAGGCUCGUGUUUGUUUAGUUCAAUAAACAUGGAUGGCAGACAGGC